AUGACGACGAACUUGGCUGUUGGCCCAUUAUCGUCGAGCACGACGCCACGUACUGCAUCGACGUUCCCAUCUGCAGCGACUCAGGUCCGUUCCCGAUCGGGUCAUUGUGACGCAGCCAUCGCUGACUACCUCACGUACUCGGCCAGCUAUGGUGAAGGUGGCAACAAUCUAACACGGGCCCCGACAAACUACGGCAGCUUAACUCCAGCCCCGACCAAGUAUGGCACUGGACGCAAUGGAGCCCAUGGUGAUAUUGGCGGCGACAACGCGGUGGCAGUGGAUCGUAGACCCUGCUAUAUUGCAGCGGACAGUAAUACGGUUUCGUCGUCGGUACAAGGCACGGAGCCAGUGGCGCUCCAGCGGGUGUCAUUGCUGCGGUUGUUGCAGCUGUGA